CUGCCAUCAUUUCUGCGGGGAACCGUGAGCAUGCUGUUGCGAUUUCAAAUUCAUCGGAUCGGAAAACUCCACAAAUCGUCCGGGAGAUUAUAAGUGGUCCUCGAUCACUACAUGUGUAGCUUCUUCUGAUGUCUUCGACGCACUCACAAUGCAUGAUCGACAUUGAUCUUGAGAUGAUUGACUUUGCCUACGGAGAGAGGAAAUAAAUCCGACUCAGUAUGUACAUUUGCUACGAGCUCAUCUAGCGCAGAAUUGAAGCACAAUGUCAGACUCCAGUGAUGAUGAUUUUGGGCAAAAGUUACCACCGCUACACAUCUACCUUAAGAGGGUUCUGGACAAAUACCCGGAAGGUGGACAGAUCUUGAAGGAGCUUGUGCAGAAUGCAGAUGAUGCAGAAGCAAAGAAUGUCGUUUUCCUUUACGACAAGUCGCAGCAUCCAAGCCAUCAAUUGUGGUCUGAGACAUUGAAGGACUUCCAAGGACCAGCCCUGUAUGCCUACAAUGAUGCAACCUUUCAGAAGCAAGACUGGUACAACAUCCAGCACCCUGAGCAGAGUGGGAAGCUGGAAGAUCUUUCCAAGGUUGGGAGGUUUGGCCUAGGCUUCAUAUCCGUCUACCAUCUUACAGACAUGCCCUGCAUCAUCAGUGGAAAGAAAAUCGGUUUCUUGGACCCACUAGAGAAGCACUUCAUCCAUGACCCACACACCAACACAAGAUACAGAGGCAGACGUGGUAAGAAGUGGAAGAUGACAUCCGAUCUCCUGGCUGAAUUUCCAGACCAGUUUUCACCUUAUCUGAUUGACUUGUUUCACUGUAAUCACAACAACUUUGACAAUGGUAAAUUAGAGGGUACUAUUUUUCGCUUUCCGUUGCGAACCAGCGAAUCACUGAUCAGUAAGUCGGUUUUCACUAAUCGUAAGCGUAUGCUUGACCUCUUUGCGUCAUUCCAGAGAGAUGCAGAGAUAUCCAUGUUGUUUCUCAAGCAUGUAGAAUCCAUAAGCGUUUACGAGAGAGACCAAAGGUCUGAGAAUCCUAGGCUUAUCUGUAGAGUACAGAUCCACCAAGAAGAUCGUCAGCAGCUUCAUAUGGACAGAACGACAUUCCUGAGCCGGAUUCUCUUGAAGCAAGACAUUCAAACCAUGAGCAGUGUGCGUAUCGAGAAGCAAACUGCACAACAGACAGCUCAAACGACCAGCAGAUACAUCACCUUGAACAUCUUAAAGAACCAGAGUACAUCCAGACGUCUCCAGGAACUGAGCCAAGAUGAUGAAUUGAAGUUGCUGCCAUGGAUGGGGAUGUCCUUCCGAAUUAGCUUCGCGGGAGGUUUAGGUGACGAACAGCAAAGUGGCCGUGUGUUUUGCUUCCUACCAUUGCCAGAGAGUGAGAGGACUGGAUUACCAGUCCACGUUCACGGCUACUUUGGUCUUGGAGACAACCGUCGCAGUAUCAAGUGGCCAGAUCAAGAGUCCCAGCAUGACAACAAGGCACUCUGGAACAAGCUCCUCACACAGGAAGUCUUUCCUGAAGUCUAUGCAAAGGUCAUCCAAGCUGCUAUAAAGAAGAGUAAAGAUCCCUCUGAUCCAACGCAGCCGUUAGAUGUGUAUAGAGCAUGGCCUUCAACCGGGCACGUUAAGGCAAAUUGGUCGGCAGGAGUCCGAAACUUCUUGCAGCUGUUAGCAAACGAGCCCAUCUUGUACACAGAACAUGAUGGCGGCUCCUGGAUGAAGCUAAAGGACCUGUAUGUUGACCCAAAGGGAAGUGCUUUGGUUGCAAAAGUGCUGAGAAUCAAAGGUUGUCCAGUUGCACAGCCUCCAAACCACAUUCUCGAGUCUCUUCGAUGGGCAGGUGUGAGUUACAACACGGUUACACCUGCACUCGUGAGACAGUACAUCAGAGGGGAUCCACUGCGGUUCCUGUCACGUGACGAGAAGUUAAAGCUUCUUAAGUAUGUGACUAGUGACACAGUUUGUGAUCUGAAUAACCUGUGUCUACUUCCCUUGCAGAGUGGUGAUUUCGUUACGUUUCGUAAGAAUGCGCCAAAAGUGUACAUUGCAACCACAGAGAAUCCAAGUUCUCUGAUCCCAAAUGGGGCAUCAAGAUUCGCUGCAAGUGAACUCCCAGCUUCACUGCAGACAGAUCCCAGAAUAGAGCAAUACACACAGCUUAAACACCUUGGCGUUAAUGAUGUGGCACCUCUAUUGAAAGAGAUGCUUCCAAGCACAUGGAGAGGCGGAACAGAUGAUACCGUACCAUGGACCCCAGGACAGGGCCAACAACCAACAAAGGAGUGGUUGGCGGAGUUUUGGAGAUGGUUGGUGAAAACAGAUCUUGACGCAUUCAAAGGUGUUCCCCUCAUUCCGGUAGCACACGAUCGCAUUGCCAGACUACAACAUAAUAGGCUCAUUUGCCAGGCACAGGCGGGAGGCUCUAAUUGGCGUUCUCCAGCACGCUUAUCCGAUAACAUCUGCUUCUUUCUGGAGUCUGUCGGAGCAGUUGUUAUACGUGAUCUCCCAUCUUAUGUAAGUGAUCAUCCACGCAUCAACAGAUUUGUUAGUGCUGCAACGCCUGAAGGAGUAAUCACUAUCCUAGAAGCAUGCACCCACAAUAACAUUGUUGAACACGUCAAGAGAUUAGCUGCAAGCACAAAAGACGAACUGCGAGCAUUCUUUGCAAAAGCCCAGCAUUUUACGACCCGGCAAAGUGACAUCUUGAAGUCUCUUCCUUUCUUUCUAGGAAGUGAUGGGAAAUAUGUCUCAGUGAAGACAUGUCCACUUGCAGUCCCCGGUGACUAUUUUGGGUUACCAGUGAAAGCUUUGAGACGCCGAUGUCUUAUUAUAAGAUCUGACGAGUCAGACAACCUGCUGACACGACUCGGGGUUCACAAGCAACCAGUCGAUGAGUUUCUACGAAUAAACGUCCUCCCUGCAGUACAGGAAAGGUUCUAUAGUGACGGUGAUUCACUGAAGAUCAUGAACUGGGUCUUGGAGCAACCAAGAUUUGACGAAUUGGUGGCAGACCUCAAGUUUAUUCCGAUUUCUGAAGGCAGAGCAAGUCCAAAGGGGCUGUUUGAGCCCACUAAAACCCUGCAGGUGAUGUUUAGAGGCAGCAGCAAGUUUCCGGUGGGACCUUAUUCCAAAGGCCGACUGUUAAUCAACUUGAAACGGGUCGGACUCAAAACAGAGGAAGACGUGGCAGCUGAUGAUAUUUUGAGGUGUGCAAAUGAGGUUUCGCGAACAACAGGUCGGGCUAAUGUUGAAAGGGGAUCAGUCCUAUUACAACACAUCAACCGCUAUCCAGGUAUCCUACGUCAGCAAGUCAAGAGGAACAGGAUAUGUAAAGCACUAUAUAAGUUUCUUGAAGACUUGUCUUGGGUUCCGUGUGUAGCUUCACGGCCUGCUAACUACCCUAACAAGGCUGGUUGGAUUGCAAACUCCCAUACACUCUACUCACCCACACAAGUAGGACUCAUUGAUUCUGCUCUGCUUCAAGGCUCUGUGCUUCCUCUUGUCAGUUUACGUGACGUCAGAGAUGAACUACUGGAUGCCUUUGGAUGGAAAAAGAAUCUUGAUCCCAGCAACUACCAACACGUGGAACGAGUUGUGCUUCAUCUGAAGAAUGUAGCAAACAGCUACCAGAAUGUUCAUGGUAAUGUGUAUCUCGUUUCUCAUACCGUUUCUGAGAUAUAUUCCUUCCUCAUUCGAGCAGAGAACGUACAGUUGAGCCACCUUUUUCAUCAGCACAUGAAAGCCUCACAACCAUGGGUGUGGCAUGGUUUUGGGUUCACUACUCCUGACAAAAUGGCCAUGAGCAAUGGGACACUUGGCAUUACGUUGACCCCUUAUCUACGCCUUGUUCCUCAGGAUUGUGUCCAGUACAAACGUUUCCUAAACAACAUGGGUGUCCAGGAGACCUUCCAAGACAGCGCUCUUUGCGAAGUGCUGCAAAUUGUCAGUCAAAAGCAUGGAGCCAACUCGGUUACCAAUAAAGAGGAUUACGAGACUGACUUAAAUCUUGUCUGCAACAUCUUACGGCACAUGGUAAACCAAGAACGAUUUGACAACAAGAUGUCGGGAAUCCUCGUUCCAUGUAGAAUUCGGAGAGGAGAAAGAAAGCUACACAUGGCAAGCUCAUCUCAGUGCCUGUAUGUUGAUGAGGAGAGACUUGCAAGGCAGAUAUUCGAAGAAGGUUCCCAAGACUUCGACAGGCCAAUAAUUCAUGAGUUAAUACCGAACUUGGUGGCUCAGAGAUUAGGAUUGCAACCACUGAGUCAUGUGAUUGCUCCUGUUGAAGCAGUAGAAUAUGGAUACGAGGUUGCCGGUCCACACGAGACGACAGUAAAUGCAAUCAAGCGAAAUCUUGACAUGUACAAGGAAGGGCCUGGAAUCUUUAACGAGUUGAUUCAAAAUGCUGAUGAUGCUGGAGCUACUGAAGUCAAAUUCCUUCUAGACUGGCGCGACAACAAGCAAACAGCUCACGACCUUCUGGGUGAAGGAAUGAAGUUAUGUCACGGACCUGCUCUCUGGGCUUAUAACGAUGGCAUUUUCUCAAAAGAUGAUAUUACAAAUAUCUGCAAUAUAGCGGCCCAGAGCAAAAAAGAUCAGCUGGACAAAGUUGGGAGGUUCGGAUUGGGAUUUACGUCAGUUUAUCACUUGACAGAUGUUCCAAGUGUUGUCAGCGGACCCUAUGUACUCAUUUGUGAUCCAAGAACAACCCAUCUUGGGUCCCGUGUUAAGCCGGCACAACCAGGCAUCAAACUUGAUCUGACAUAUGACAACCACAGACGGACGCUUGAGAGUUAUCCGAACCAGUUCCAACCAUACAAUGGCAUCUUUGGUUGUAAGCUGCCAGAGGCUGCACACUUCGAGCACACACUCUUUAGGUUACCACUGCGGACAAAAGCGGAAGCCGAUGGCCAACAGCCCAAUCAAAUUUCAGAUUCUGUCUUUGAUUCCAAAAAGAGUACAGACCCAUUGUUAAAGGCUUUGCAGAAGUCGGUGUCUACUCUGCUCCUCUUUACCCAGAACGUGAAUAAAGUUACCGUGGAACAGCUUGAGUCUCAAAACAUCAAGAACAUGACAACAGUGAUGUCUGUCACUGUUUCACAGGUCAGACAGCUGCCACGGUCAAUUACAGCACCAACAAAUAACUUGAAAACUCAACGUGGUAUCCUGAAGGCAACAGCAAAACGUUUGAAAGUCCCAGACCAAGGCCUUCCAGUUCCAGAAACAACCAUGAUUGUGAAGAUGAAUCAAGAAACGUGCAUAUUGGGCGUAGCUGCCAAAAAGAAACCAAAGCAAAAAACAUGUCACUUCAUCGUGAGCUCCUGCAUGGCAACAGGAAGGCCUCUAGAUCUCGCUCUCACCAAAGAGGGCAUCAAAGCUGGAGUUAUGCCAUGUGGUGGGGUUGCAGCACAAUUAAAAUCUGGUGAAAGAGGGUUGACCCCUGAAUCCACACAGGGUAAGGCCUUUAGCUAUCUCCCUCUUGAUGUCUCCACCGGGUUACGCGUUCAUGUCAAUGGCAACUUCCUGCUUCAACCUAACCGCCGCCAGCUGUGGAGCAAACCCUCAUCUGACACGGGAGAAUUUGAGACCCGUUGGAAUAUCUGCUUCAUGGAAUCAGUCUUGUUGCGUGCUUUUUUGAAUCUACUGAAAGAUCUUCAAAUGUUGCAAGGACAAGGUGUUGUCGAUACUCGCAACUUCCAGUGUUUGUGGCCAAGAUGGAGUGAGUCCGAAAGUGACUUUCAUCCUUUCGUUAAAGCCUACUACAGGGAGAUAGGAACUAGUGGCGAUGCCCCAGAAGUAUUCUUUGUCCAAAGUAAGUGGGUAUCAGUGCAUCAAUGCUUCUUCACUGAUUGGAGUCGGACAGAUCCAGAACAACUGAGACGAAGCAUAAAAGCCGUGCUAGACAAGCAUCAGGACCCGAAACGAUGUGUGGAACUGGGAAAAGAUGUAGUUCACAGCAUCAAUCAAGCAGGCGCUCAAGGGGUUUUCGACCGCAACACCUUCAACAUCCAGCGAUUCUUGUCUGAGGUAUUCUUUCCGAUGUUGGAGAAUAACCCUCAUGACAUCGAGUCGACACACAGGAACAGUAUUGUUCUUCACAUGUUGGACCUUCGUCUUGGAGAAAGAAAACUUGCAGAUUAUGAUGAAUCACUGAGGGCUACAGAGUGCAUACCGACCUCCCCAGAAGGCGAAGACUUGGCAAGACCUCAGGAUUUGGUGAAUCCCGAAUCACCAGUUGGAUCACUGUAUAGCGAGACUGACUGUCGGUUUCCACAUGGGGAGCAGUACCGUAAACAAGAACGUCUUUUGUCUUUAUUCCAGCUAGGAAUGGCUUCACAUGACUUAUCUUGGGAUGAUAUCUGUGAGAGAGCCCAAUCAUUGUCAGAGGGGGAGAAUGUUGACCAGAGAUGCGUAACUCUUCUGAAGCUGAUCGAUGAAAAACUCAGAAGGUAUGACGAACCGACACCCGAUCAAAGGAAACAAAUCCGGCAGGCAGCUUUUCUUCCAGUCCUGAAGAAGCCCCCAGGCUAUCCUAUCGAUUGGUUUCAGACUGACGACGAGUUUAUGCCAGCAGACAUGCUUCAUACACGAGAACACAAGAACCUUCUUGGUUCAGUUCGACCACUCUUGGACGAGAAGAGAUUGGGGUCUGACGCAAUGAGUGACAAGGUCAAAACCUUUCUGGGUUUCACAGGAAAACAAUUUGCAGUUGGUGAUGUCACUGCACAGCUUGUUAUUCUAAUUGAUCGAGCACCUAAGUCGGCUGUGCAAACAUCUGCUAUGGUGCGCAGCAUAUAUUCAUUCCUCCAGAGCACAAUCUGUGCAGUGUCUCCAAACGGUGAUGUUACUAUCAAAGAAGAGCACCGUGCUGCUGUUAACGAACUUCGUUCAAUGGGAUUUGUCUUCUGUGAUGGCAAAUUCAGAGAGUGUACGCAACUAGCUUUUAACUACGAAGGCAAACAUGGACCAUAUCUGUACAAAGUUUCCCAUGAGCUAAUUUCAUUCAGCAACCUGUUGCGGAUUUGCGGUGUAAGAGAUCGUUUUCAGCUGGAGGAUUUUCUUCUCGCUCUCCAGCUUCUAAAGAACACCCAUGGUGAGAAACCUCUAAAUCAAUCAGAACUGAAAACCGCGACGUCGAUGUUGUCAGAAGUUGUGUCAUUGUUGACAGGAAAGCAUGGAGAACAUGCUGAAGGUAGCCAGCAAAGCAGCUUGCAAACAGGCUUAAUCUAUGUCCCAGAUAACUGUGGGAUCUUGCGGUCACCCGAAGAACUGACAUAUAACGAUAUUGAAUGGGAGGGAAGUCGUGACGAAGAGAAGUACACACAUCCAGAUAUAACAUCCCGCGAUGCUCAGGUUUUGAAUAUCAUCACACAAAGGCAGAAGUACAUCGGUAGCUGCUCACCGUUGCAUGGUUUUGCAAUAGAUUUCGGCCAGAGUGAAGAAUUAACGGAUCGUCUGAAAAACAUACUGGGGGCGUAUCCAAACGUCUCUGAUGUAUUCAAAGAGCUUCUUCAAAAUGCCGAUGAUGCAGGAUCAACAGAGAUACACUUCGUUUAUGACCCACGUUAUCACGAAGCAAAGAAGGUCGUAUGUGAUUCCUGGGCUGCCGUAGGAGAACUUCCAUCGCUCUGUGUGUAUAAUGACAAGCCAUUCACUGAAGCAGACAUCAAAGGCAUUCAAAAGGUAGGCGUUGGUGGAAAGAGAGACGACAUAACAACAACUGGGAAGUUUGGAAUCGGUUUCAAUGCAGUCUACCACCUGACUGAUUGCCCGAGUUUCCUGAGCAACAGUGACACCCUUUGUGUGUUUGAUCCGCUGUUGAUGUUAUCUCCAGAGACGAAAAAGUCUUCACCAGGGAUGCAUCUAAUGGCAAACGAUCGGUUCAGGGAGAAAUUCCCUGACAUGUUGAGAGGAUAUCUUGAGGAUAUACCAGCCUUUAGUGGAAAGGGGGGAACAAUUUUCCGAUUACCACUCAGAACACAGCCAUCAGGGCUCUCCAGAGAGACUUACCAUUCAAGCAGAGUGCAGGAAUUGCUUGGUGACUUCAAGAAGGUGUCCCAGGAAGCACUUCUUUUCUUGAACAACAUCAAAUCGAUCAGUGUUUCGUGUAUUGAUGAGCACACCAACAAACUGACAACAGAGUACCAUAUCAGUGCAAAGUUAUCGGAACAAGAUGAAGAACGACGUGCAAGGUUCACGAAGCACCUCAAGCUUUUCACUGAUAACCCCUCUGAGACAGUUGAGCCGAUGUCCCUUGUCUACAAUCUCGUGACAAGUGACUCACAUGGCGCAGAACAAACAUGGCUCAUUUCUCAGAGGCUGGGGUUUGAAGGUUCUCCUGCUGAAUGUAUGCCAGCUUUAAGCCUAAAAAGGCCCCUUCCCCGUGGUGGAGUAGCCGCUCUCCUCAGGGACAGCAGACCGGUGAUGGCAGCAAGUCAGCUGCACAAGGCCUACUGCUUUCUCCCGCUGCCGGUGCACACCGGAUUACCAGUGCAUGUGAAUGGGACGUUUGAGUUGGAUUCGGCAAGAAAGAAUCUCGCAAAAGGCGACGAUUAUACGAUGGUUGAUUCUUCUGACGAGAGUGGUCUCAUCCAUAGAUGGAACCGAAUACUUGUGCAACAUGUGCUUGCCCCGGCCUAUGCUACAUUAAUUGAGCACGCCGGAGGAAUACUACUUGGGGUAGCUGAUACCGAGUCUUUGAAACAGCACCUUUCGCAGUAUGAUGACCUUUUCCCAAAGCGUUUGGAGAACUAUCAUGGAGAGUGGAAACUCCUGGCAAAGGCGACGCUCCAGUACAUCGGUAGGAAAAACCUGAAGGUUUUACCUGUUGUGCGUCAAACCAAAGAUGCUGUCACAACUACCUGGCAUCAUCCAAAUAGUGUUGACAGUCUUGCUUUCACGGAUAACUUCGAUCCGGCAUUGCCUGAAGCAGGUGUGAGCUUAGUGAGAGAUGAUGAAGUACGGGAUUUAAUACGCUCCUUUUUGCUGAGGGUCAACUUUAACCUGCUGGCCAGCUCCCGGAAUAUAUGUUUGGCGUUUCAAGCUUGUGGUGUCGAGGCAAAGUUUGUAAAUCCAAAGUCAGUAGUUCAACAUCUUUCUUCUCACCCAGUGGCACAGGCCCUCCCUGCUCCUUUGGAGACAACCGAUUUCAAGAACAUCAAGACUCUUCAUACUGUGUUUGAGUACUGCCUUGAAGGUGUCGAAAAUCCAGCUGAGUUGAACGGCUUACCCAUCCGUCUGACGAAUGAUUGCAUACUGCGUGAGUUUUCAACAAGUGAUGGUUCAUAUGUGACGGACCACACCAUGGUACUACCUUUUCUGAAGGAUAUAUUCCUUCACAGCAGGCUUGUUUCAUCUUGCAUUGCUUGGUUCAAGAGGAAAGAGAAUUCCGAGGCAGCUUAUAGCAGUGGAGUGCUUAAGCAGUUUACCAUCACUGAGCUUGCCCAACACCUUGGGAAGCAUCUGCCAGAGAGCUGGCAAGGUUGCAAUCAGCACGUAGAGUGGACGCCAGACACAGAAGGCCAUCCCUCCGAGUCGUGGCUUGGACACCUUUGGGCAUUCAUCUGCAGCGAGACAUUACAGGAUUCCUCCCUCGAUUGCAUCAACCACUGGCCAAUAUUCCCCACUACGUCGGGAAAACUGGUGCCACCUUCUUUGUCCAAAACUGUGUUACUCCUGCAAAACCAAGUAGGGUUAGGGAUGGAAAUAGCCAAUGUGCUGCGCAAACUUGGUCUCCCUCUUAUUUCGCGGACCCUUAUGUGUGAGCUCAGGACAACCUUCCUCACUGGUACUCAAGUGCAAGUACACCAUGCACCACCACGACUAGACGAACUACUUGCGAAACACCUAGCCCUGCCAGCCUCAAGACAAGAUGUGACAGAUGUGAUCGCAUUCGUGCUAAAAACAGGCGGAGGCUUUGGUCGUCUGACGCUCCAAGAGUGCGACACUCUACUUCAUUAUUUCCAAGAGGACGAGAAUCUGUCGGAGGACAGCAAGAAGACUAUCAAAAAGCUCUCAGUUUUCAAACUUCUAAAGGAACAAAACACCACUGAUCUUCACCGCUACGAUGACUACCACACUGCAGAAGGCUACGCGAUGUUGAUGGUUGAGUCCAAGACAUGGAUGGACAACAUGCACUGUGUUAUUCUGGAGCCCAAUCGUAGCUUGAAUCUGAUCUACGAACAGCUAGGAAUAACGCCCAUCACACAAGCUGACAUGUAUCUCAAGUACAUACUUCCAAGCUUCCUAUUGCUCAGUCAAGAGGGUCGAUUACAGCACGUCAAAUUCAUCAGAGACAGCGUUCUAGGCAAAGCUUCAGAACAGGAGAGGAAAGAAAUUAUUGAGCGUCUUUCCCACAUUGCGUUCAUUCCAGACAGAACGGGUAUACCUCGACAAGCAUGCUUUUUUUACGACGGUGAUAACUCUGUUUUCAAAGCGUUGAUUGAUCCAAUAAAGCUACUGCCUGAAUCCAUGGGAACCCUGAAAUGUUUCCUGGAAAGGAUUGGUCUCCAUUCAACAGUUACUCAAGCCGACUUCCUACAGUUUUCACAGGAGGUAGAAAAAAGGUCGGGUGAGGUCAAAGACAAGAACGAAAGAGAUGCAUUGUGUCGCAUUUCUCGUCUUCUGACAGAUCAACUGAAUUUCAACAAAGAGCUCCGCAAUCCAGACUUCCUGAAGAAAAUCUGUACGAUUAAGUUCGUUCAGUCGGUGACAAUCAAGAAAGAGCUGCUUGACAUCCACCCUGCAUGUUCUUUGACGAGCAGUGAUAACAAGAAAGUACCCCCAUUCGUUGCAUACAAAGGAUCAGUGUCGGGGGAACAUUUGGAGCUCGUCUGGUCAGUUUGUGUGAUACUACCGAAUGGGGCCAUACCGAGAGACGACAAACUAACUAAGGACGUUACUGUUCAUGAAUGCCUUGGAAUUGAAAACGUGAUUGUUGACAAAGUUGUUUCGCACACCCAAAACAUCUGUGGGCUGAUGGAGACACACAAUGCGAUUCACAAGAAAGACACACUGCCUUCAGAACAGAGAAAGACGUUCAAAGGCGUCAUGGGUAAGAUUUUGGGCUUCUUGAAUGGAAGCAUGCGUAAGCACAGUGAUGACAUUAAACGUCGGUUGAAGUGCACUCCAGUAUGUCUUGUGGAGGAAGGCAGUGUAUUGGUCAGAGCAGAUCAGUUAGUAUUUGAAAUGGACAAACAUCUAGAGCCCUCUUUGCGACCGUACUUGUACAAAGCGCCACGAGAAUUGUCCGAUUUCGAUCCUGUCUUCAAACUGCUUGGAGCCCAGGAGUCAUGUUCCUUGGACCAACUGGCAGGAGUUUUGGCGUCAAUGAAAGUGGAAUGUGGUGAUGAACGUCUGGGUCCCAACGAAAAGAAUACAGCCGUGUGUGCUGUAGGAGCAAUAAUUGGCCUGUUGGACAGUGGGAACGGUCAAUCAAGGUUUUCUGUACCCGAGCUGUAUUUGCCAAAUACAGAAUACUUCAUGAGGAGGUCGACAGAUCUUUAUUAUGCCGACCCAAACCAAAUGGAUCAAUACAACCUUGCAUCCACAGACAGAGAAUUCGUCCUUCCCUUAAAGCAGUGCGGAUUUGAGGUUCAGGAUGAAAUGAGGCUCAUUGAACUUCUUCAAGAGUCUCUCCGACCUAAGAAUCUUGGUGAUGAGAUGAAUGAGAAGCCGUUAGAAACCAAUAAAGACUGUCCUGCUGGACAGCAUUGUGAGUAUCUGGAAGGUGUUAAGCGAAAGGUGAAAUCAGAGGAGAUGACUCGAGUCUUGCUAAGACUUAAGCAACACCAGUCCGAAAACAAACAACUAAGUGCUGACAUCAAACAGCACAUAGUACAACUCCAGCAAUUUGACAAAUUCGUCUGCAAAGUGGAAUUGAAAUUUGGCUUAUACGACAAGAAUGGGCAUAAGAUUGCUGAACGGAAAUACUCCCGGGAAGCGUACUUCAACAAAUCCACAAAUGAAAUAUGCCUACGGCACUCUUCGCCAUCUCAGCAAAGGGGUCCUACUUCCAGACAAAUCGCAAACAGUUGCAACGCACUCCUAGAACAUCUGUUGGAUGUGUAUCAUUUGAGUAUCUUUAUAAGUGUCUUGGACUGUAAGAGUCUGGACAAGAUGAAUUUGAUUCUUUCCCAGUCUGAGAUCCCCGAGUACGAUAUCACAGCAAGAGCUCUCCAACCGGACGAGUACAGACCAGGAACUCUUAUACCAAGCGAUAUCCAUCACCUGCUUGAUCACGAUCCGUACAACCUUUUCCGCGAAGGUGAGAUAGUAGGUUAUGAAAGAAACAUUGACGAAGGCGACCAGUUGCAGUAUGAUGACAAUGACGACCUUGCUGAUGGUGCUACUGAGAAAAUCUAUGCAAAAAUCCUUGAGCAGAUUGACAAGAGGGAUGAGACAGUCAAUUUAUCGAGACAAUACAAAAUUGACGUUGGAAGAAAGGAUCCCAUCACUGUUAAAGUGACUACCCUAUAUAAAUUUCUGCGACCAAAGAAACAGCCAGACAUGACAGUCGUUCCUUUCACUGGGGAACCUACAUCUGAUGUCCCACCUGCGGCGCAUUUUGACCGAGCUCUUCCAGAAGACAUGCAGAAAGACGAAGAGCAGAUUAAGAAGGAGGUUGACGAGGUAUUUGGACUACCGCCAGAAGAACGCAAAAAGGUUUUGCAUCGUCUCUUUCGCAAGUGGCAUCCCGAUAAGAAUCCAGGCCAGCAGGACCGUGCCAAUAAGGCAUUCCAAUUCCUCAAACAGGAAAUUGAAAGGCAUGAAAGGGGCUAUGAGUCCAACCAGCGGUGUUCUAAUCAAUAUUCCAACUGGGAGUCAGAGGUUAAUAGGGACAGGGAGGAAGCCAGAAGAUAUCAAGAGAGGUAUUACCAAAGUCGGUCCAGCGCUAGUUCAAACAGAUCAUAUGAUAACUUUGUACCACCGUCCUUUACCAGAGAGACCCCAGAUCCACGAAAAGCACGGCUGUGGUUCCGUCAGGCCAAGGAACACCUAAAGGUUGCAGAGCAGACGAGUCAACAUGACCCAGUUCCGACUCAAUGGAUAGCCUUCCAAGUACAUCAGGCCGCAGAAACUGCUCUUAAAGCAGCUCAGUACAGUCUGGAUGGACGUCCGGAUAUAGAGAGUAACGAUCUAAUAUCUCUAGCAAGUGCUGUUGACCAACACAGGGACGUAACCUCUAACCGAGUGUCUGAAGUAACACAUGAACUAGUUCGUCUGAGUUGUGACUUCAGAAAACCUCGCUACCCGCAGAGGAACUCAAAGACAAGUGGACAGGAGUACAGUGAUUUCCGCACAGCAGAAGUUUUGAAGAAGUGUGGAGAACUGCUGAACCUUGUCCAAGAAAUCAUCGGUAUCAGGUUGUUUUAAACAACAUGAUACGAAGCUGAAACAAGAAGCUUCAUUCCCUUAUGACAAUAAAUGAACAAGUGGCUGGAAGAGCCUAACUGUUCAUUUGUGGGAAAUUUGUUCACUUCAUUUUUAGUAUGCUAAAUGUCCCGUCUAUCUUUCAUCUGACAUAGAAUAUGUACGCGUACCUUCGAUGCAUACAUGCUUAGUCAGAGAUACCCGAGCCAGGAGGAACUGCAGCUUUUGAAGCUGACUUUGAAAACGCUAAUUUAAUAUUUUACCAUUUAUAUAUGUACGCACUGAGCAACUAGGUAGGGAGAUUAUACUGCUUUGAAAUAAAAUUUGGACACUGUCGAAAGCUU